UUUUUUUUUUUAUGUUUGAACUCUUUCCUUAUAUCUGCGCAAGCGCAUUGACCAAGCGUUGCCAUGGUGACAUUGAAACAGAACGUGGAAGGCUCCAAAAGAUCGAGGCGCAAAAUAAAAGAACGUUUGCGAGUAAAACAGAUUAGUGAAAGCUUUGAGUCUCCAUGGCAUCCUCUGGUCCUGAUGCUGCUUUAUCUGACUGCUUGUUAGAGGAUGAAGCUGAGAAUAAAUUUCUGUGUUCCAAACCUGCUUGCUUCAUUAUCCUGGGAAAACCGGGUAUUGGGAAGUCUACCCUUGCCAGAAAAUUUGCCCAAACAUGGCGGUGUGUCCUCAUCGAUGACACAGAGUUGCUUAUCAGUCACAUCCGUAAUGGUACAGAGCAAGGAAAAGAGCUUUUAGCAAUCCUGGCUGAAGGAAAGAGCAUUCCAGAGGAGAAGAUGUUAACGUUAGUGCUUGAAAAGCUCAACACACCAGAGGUGGAAAACUACGGCUACAUUCUGUCAUGUCUACCAUCAAUGUCUGAAGAAUAUCUGAAGAUUCAUGAACAAAUAGAUUUGAUUAAAAAUCAAAAAUUCCCACCAGACUUCAUCAUCAACAUAAAGUGUGCAGAGAAGGACCUGAUCAAGCGCCUGGCAGGCCAGAAGCAGCUCCCUACCAAAGAGCAGUGGAGCCCUAUGGCUAAGAGUGAUGAAGAGGAACAGGUCGAUGAAGAAGAGGAAGAGGAGGACGAGCAGGCGGUGGUGGAAGAGACGGACUUGGUGAGGCUUAAAGAGCAUUACCCAGAGGAAGCAAGUCGCAGGAUUCUCCUUUAUAAAGAAACCAUGCUGAAGCCUUUGGAGGACUUCAUGGCAGCUCAUGACCCUCAGUACUUAUUUGAACUCGAUGGAAACAAGGACCCAGAAGAGAUUUUAAGGUGUCUUAUCGCUCGCCUAGACUGCAUGGCUGUGAGGAGAGCAGCGGUACCUGUGCAGUUGCUAAACGCAGAUGAGGCAGAAAUGGAUAAGGAGAUUGACUCUGAAGAGCUGUUGCAAAUUCUGUCCCUCAGCAAGACCAUCGCACCAGGCUUCCAUUGGUACAGGAGUCGCUGGGGCUGCACUUGCCCCGUUGCCCUCAAAGAAGGCAAAAUGAUCAAAGGCAAACCUGAAUUUGCAGUCAGCUUUCUGAAUAAAUUGUAUGUCCUGUCCUCUCAAGAGGCUCUGCAGAAGUUCAUGGUCAAACCCAGAUGGUACUUGCUCCCACCUAUGCCACGUCCACCCUGCAAAGUGUCUGUGAUUGGACCACCACAGUCAGGAAAGAGCACUCUGUGUUCCCUCUUGGCUAAGCAUUAUGGUGCAGUUGUGGUGGAUAUAAAGAUGCUGAAGAAGGUUGUCAUGGAAAAAAUCAGGCAAGAAAUGAUGGAGAAAGCACGUCAGGAUGCAACAACUUCAGCCCUUGAAAAGGUCAAGGUCAAGGAUGAUGUUAAUGAGUCUGAAAUGGAGGUGACAGAAGUUCACCCAGAAGUUCAAGCUUUAGUGGAGGAAGCCAUGAAUGAAGCAGAAAAGAUGCCAAUAGAACCAAGAGAUGACAUGUGUGCAGAAGUCCUGGAGCAGUGGAUCAGAGAGAUUGAGGCAGAAGAUGCAGAUGCUGAGUUUAAAAGGGGCUGGGUGCUGGACAACUACCCUACCACCAAGGAUCAGCUGGCACUCAUUCAGGACCUGCAUCCUGACCUCAUACCUGAUGUGGUGUUCUGUCUCCAAGACAUCGAGGAAGAAGGAGGGACAGUUCUGAGAAGGAUUUAUGCACAGAACAAGGAGGAGGUGGAUGCAGUUGUUCUAGCUGAACUACGAGGGGAGCAGAGACAGAAAGAACCCGAAAGACAAGACACUCAGCAGCAGGCACAGGAUUCAGAAAUCGACAGCCAGGCAGAAGGACUUCCCUCACUGAAGGCGGUGCCUGAAGAGCCUGAUGUUAAUGAGUUGAUGUUGCCUAGUACAUGGGAACAUGGCUAUCCUCCUGGCCCAGCCAUGGAAAAGUACAAGCUGCAGUUAAAGAAGUUUAUGCAGGAAUGGAAUAGCAUGGAGUCAUCCAUCACUUGGACCUGUGCUGUACUGGAGAUCUCCAACCGAACCGCUCAGAGUCUGCUCCAGGAGAUGAUUGUCCAAAUGGAGCGACCGUUUCAGUACAUGGCCCAAGAGAUGUCCAGCGCAGAUCUGAAUAAAGAGGAGGAGGAUGUGCAGGAGGAUGAAGAUGAAGCAGAGGAAAGCAGCACUGAAAGGUGGCUUGGAGACACUAACAUGUACUGCCCGGUCGUGCUGAAGGAGAAGGGAACGUUGGUGCCGUGCACAAAUGACAUCGCUGCAAAAUACAGAGAGAAGAUCUACUACUUCUCAAGCAGCAAAGCAUUGGAGAAGUUCAUGCAGACCCCUGAGAUAUAUGCCCCAACCGCUCAACUACUGAAACCUCCUGCCCUGCGUAUAUUCCUGCUGGGAGUGCGCGGCUCAGGUAAAAGCACCCAUGGACAUUGGCUAGCAGAUCAGCUGGGUCUCUUUCAUAUCCAGUUCCGUGAACUGCUGCAAGAGCUGAUUCUGCCCAAGACUCAGGCCCGUGUGCCCUACGCCGAUGAGGUAGAGCCGCCCGAAGAGCCACCCGAAGAGCUACAGAGUCUGCUGCAGGAACACACCCAAUCCACAGAGUCAGAAGAUGCGUUGAGCCAAGAGGAAGACACCGAGGAGCCUCCAGCACUUACAGAUGAAGAAGAAUUCAUAAAGUCAUAUCUAUCUGAUGGACAGCCAUUGCCACACAAAAUCAUGGAGAAGGUCCUGCUGGAGAUCUGGCAUCAAGAGCCAUACAAAUCAACAGGCUUUAUUUUGGAAGGUUUUCCUCAGCUUCCAGAGGAAAUGUCCUUUUUAGUGGAGCACGACUUAUACCCAGACACCGUCAUAAUUAUGUCUGUAGAGGUGUCAGAAGUGGUGAAGCGUCUGCUGCCACCACGGCUUGACAGAUGGAGGGACAGAUGCACUCGAAAAAGAGAGCAGAUGCAGCUACUUAAAGAGCUACGCUCCAAAAUUAGGGAGGAGGCCAUUGCCCAAAGAAGAGCUGAGCUUUUGUCCGAAUACGCAUCCAAAUCACUCAGAAAAGAAACUGAGGAAGAGGAGGGGCACGAAGAAGAAAGUGAUGAAGAGCAGCCGAACUGGGAAGAACAGCUGGAAUACAUGCUGCAGAAUGAGUUUCCUGAGGAGGGUCCAGAGGAUGGAGAGGAAGAAGAGACCGAAGCCAGUGCAGAGAAUCGGAUGGAAACAGAGAUCAGUGACAGGUUUGAAAAGGAUGAGAGCAACCUCAACACGAUGCUGGAACUUCUGGCUGAAAACCGUAUUCCUCACCUGACAGUCAGCGCUGGCCGGAAGCCUCACAUUGUGCGCACUCAGCUAGUAAAGCAAGUCAAGCCCAUGGUGGAGAACAGGGAAGCUCUAUUCCUAAGGUGUCAUCCUGUCAACUAUGCCACUGCUCAGAAACUCCUGUACUCCUCUUACAAGGACUACAGUGCCUUUGGGUGUUGGGAUCCUAUCAGGUAUACAGAGGGAGAACCGAUCCAACAUAUACAGGACCCCCUUAAGCCUAGUUUCCCUGUACUAUUCCACAACUUCGUUUACUUCUUUGCCUCCAAGGAGACACGCGACAGCUUCAUGAUCAACCCUAUGAAAUACCUCCGUCAGCCCAAACCCAACCCUCCUCUGCCCAUAAAAAUAGCCAUCAUCGGUAGUCCGAAAUCUGGAAAAACCACAGUUGCUCGGAUGUUUGCUCGUGAAUAUGGACUGGCACACCUAUCCAUCGAUGGUGUAAUGCAUACAGUGCUAAGUAUCCAAGGCAAUACCGAGCUUGCCAGAGAGAUGCAGAAAUGCUUGAGUAUUGAAGGCUUGACUAUGCCCGACGAACUGACCAUCCAGUGCCUAGAAGUGGUCCUGUUGAAUUUAGUCUGCAGCACACGAGGGUAUGUGCUGGAUGGAUUUCCCAAGACCAAAAGGCAGGCUGACCUAAUGGCAACUCACCGUAUUAUUCCUAUUCAAGUGAUCGAGCUGCAAGUAGACAGAGAUGAAAUGCUGAGGAGAGGCAUGAACGGGCAGAUGAAAACAAAUGGCAUUCAGCGUGAGGUGGGUGAGCUCAGGAAACAUUUCCAUCAGCAAUACCAAAACUGGGUUCCAGUUGAUGCACACAAAAGCAGUUGGUGGGUGUGGCAUCGGGUUCGGGAAGAAGUCAAGAGUAGUAUGCGAUGUAUCCACAACUACCUGAAGAGAAUUCGUAAAGGCCAGGCUGCCAGCAUACAUCGUCUGUGUAUUACUCCACGUGAGCUUCAGUCUCGGCUCGGCGAGUUCGGCCAUUACUGUCCGGUGAGCUUGGCUCUCCAUAACCACUUGGAUGACUGCUCCCAUGACACAUCCCUGGAGUUGGCUGUAGAGUUUAGGAGACAAUACUACAAAAUGGCCUCCAGGGAGUAUCUUAAGAGAUUUCUUGAGGCACCAGAGCAGUUUGUGUCUCCAAAUGUCCCUCAUAAGUUGCCCCUUCCCGAGCUUCUUCCCCGUAAGCUGAGCCCAAGUCAGGUGAAGAGUCGUUUCCCUCAGCAGGUGGAACUAAAAGGCUUCUGUCCGGUCACAUACCUAGAUGGCCAGCAGAGGUACAAAGCCCUGGUUCGUGGCAAUGUGGACUUUGCAGUAGAAUACCAGGAGAAGAUAUACAUUUUUGAGACCGAGGAGAAACAACACAAGUUUCUAAGAUCACCUGACACUUACUGGAACCAGAAACUCCCUCAUAAACUUCCACCAAUAGGAGAACCAGUACAGAUGACCUCUCUGCCAAUGCUGGGUUAUUUGGAACAGGGAGUAGCUAGAGCCAUCAUUAAAGGCUUGACAGAGUUGGGCAACCUCAAGCCAAAGUUCCCGUACCUCAGCAUGAAGAAGUCUGCUGUACUCUACCUGGUCUUAUAUCUUAAAGCUUAUAAGAGAACGUCCACCUACACUCAGAAAAUGUACAAGAAGAAGCUGCUUCAGUAUGAAGAUGACUGUCAACUCAUCGUCUAUCUGAGUUCUACUAUGACCCAGAAGUACAAACCCCCUCAUGAACUUCCUGUUGAUUUUAAUCAUAAGCUUCACAGGUUUCUCGCCUUGAAGGACUCCAGUAAAACUGUAUAAAGACUGAUGCAGCACCUCCAAACCCAAAUAAAACCCUUCAAUGUGUAA